AGAGAUCAGAGAGUCGUGAGUUCAAAGAAAUUAAGGUUGUGUUUUAUCUCUUUCUAUCCGGUUCUAACCAUAAGGGUGUAAAUGAGAUAGUCGAUAGAGUUUUAAUUUUCAGCCAUCAAAUUCACAACCAUCUUUUCUAUCUUGUGCAACUGUUUCUGGUCGGCUGUGAUCUAGGUUGCUUAGUGUGAAUACAGAAUGGACGCCAUUCGUGCAAGAUAAUUUGAGGUAGUUAUCGCUCGCGUAGCGACAGUGUGUGUGAACCGUGGCUGGCGUGUAGUAUGCUUUAUGUGAGGGUGGUGCGCUAUUGUGGCCUCGGUAAAGAGUGGAGUGUACGAAGUGCAUAGGGAUUAAGGAUCGAGGUUAAAUAGCAAGAGUGCUGGUGUGAGCCGGUGAGGUAGAGGCUGUGCGGUGGUGAGCCUAUUCGGUGGUAUGGCGGACACGAGCUAAUCGAGCGAGCGAAGCAUUCGCUCGCACUCCGCCGGCCCCAUGAGAGCGGCGGAGGGUUUAUGGGUGGUUGUGUGAGUUGCCGGCGCCGCGAGCGAAAGGCACCGGAGAAGCGUUGGGUUCCAGUCGCAGGAGGGCCCGCCAAGGGCGCGGCAGCGGAACUGUUACCGCGGCGCGUCCGUCUGCAAGCCAUGGCCAACGCUAUUUCCAACAUCAAGAUGACCAACCCUAUCAAGAAUAUGGUCAGCAAGCGCCGAAAACGAUACAUGAAGGAUGGCUUCAAUUUAGACUUGGCUUAUAUCACAGAUCGGCUGAUCGCGAUGGGGUUCCCGGCGGAGAAGCUGGAGGGCGUGUACCGCAACCACAUUGACGAGGUGUUCCGCUUCCUGGAGCAGAUGCACCAAGACCACUACAUGAUCUACAACCUGUGCACCGAGCGCCGCUACGACGCUAGCCGCUUCCACGAGCGGGUGGAGCGAUUCGCGUUCGAAGACCACGCACCGCCCAAGAUGGAGCUUAUCAAGCCGUUCUGCGAGAGCGUCCACAAGUGGCUCAGCGCUGACGAGAGGAACGUGGCUGCCGUGCACUGCAAGGCGGGGAAGGGCCGCACAGGAACGAUGGUCUGCUGUUACCUGCUGUACAGCGGCCAAAAGUCGACGGCCGACGAGGCGCUCAAGUUCUACGGAGCCAAGAGGGCCCACGACAAUAAAGGCGUGACGAUACCGUCCCAGCGGCGCUACGUGGAGUACUUCGCGUGGCUGGUGCGCUCCAACGUGGAGUACCGCGCGCGCGCCGCUCACAUCCGCGAGGUGCUGCUGACGCCGCCGCCGGCGCACAACGCGGCGCACUGCACCAUCGAGGUCACCGUCACGCAGGCCGACCCGCCCUUCAAGAUAUCGCUCGGCUGCACGGAAUGCAAGCGGGGCGAGGCGGGUGCGGUGCGAGUGCGGCCGCUGUCGUGCACGCCGGUGUGCGGCGACGUGCGCCUCGACGUGUACGCCAAGAUGAUGAUGCGCAAGGAGAAGCUGUUCCAUCUCUGGUUCAACACGUACUUCGUGACCGCCUGCGUGGGCGCCGAGCGGAUACCCUCCCCGCUCGACAGUCCCAACCUGGAGACGUUCAAGUUGACGCUCAACAAGUGGGAGUUGGACGACGCGCACAAGGACAAACAGCACAAGCUGUAUAGCGCCGACUUUAAAGUCGAGAUAAUAAUACAGAAGCAGCCCGAGACGUCCAAGUUCAGCAGCCACUGCGGCCGGGCUCCUCCCUCCCCGCCCUCCUCCACCGCCUCCUCCUGCAGCGAGCCCGACGGAGACGCGCACUGGGACUCCGGUGAAUCCACGUACUUGUGAGGGUGGCACGCGGGCUCAGUGAAUCUUAACACCUCCCCCCACCCCCUACUAAAAACGAAAACGAACUGUAACACGCCGCAGUAAAGACCAUUAUCCUAGUGAUAUCGAUACUAUUAGUGUUCUAUGUGUGUCUAAUGUGUAGAUAUGUGAAAUUAUGUUGGGUUGUGUCACAUCCCCUUGAUUCAGCGGUCCAUUUAACUCAGUGUUAUGUGGCUAACCUUGUUCGCUUCAAAAUGGACCUAAACGUCCAGACUUUAGGGUCGAUUUAUGUUUCUCAGAGUUUUAUAAUAAGUGCAUGCUUGGUGUUACAGACUGAAACUGUUAGUCUUCAUUGUGAUUUUUUUAUUAGAGACGUACGAAUAGAUGCAUUUGAAUCAUUUUGACAAAAUUUUGGAACGAUGUAAUAUUAUGUAAUUGUUGCGGUAUUGCGUUUAUGAAGUUCUGAUGAUUUAGGAAAGGAUUUAUUAUUUCUUUACGGAUUUGUGUUUGGCGAAUGUGUGAAAACAUUAAUUAUAUUGUUAUUUGUUACGUUUCGAGUAAUAUUAAUUUUGUCGGAUAGAGUAAAUUAAAUUUAAUAACAUAUUGCCAUUUAAAUGGAUCGAAAUUAACUAUCAACUUGACUGUUGGUCAUUUCGCUACCGGAAUGCACUUUAAUAGCACGAUUAUUUAAGUACAAAAUUAUUUUACUAUAAAUAAUAAUUAUUACUAAUUAGUGAAAGGUAAGUUGUUAGUUUGAUUUAACUGAUAUAACAAAAGAUAAAUUAGUUGUUUCCUCGGUAAUUUUUAGACGAGCGUUUUUUAUAUUUUAUUGAUAAUUUUUUAUAAAAAUAUUAUGCCGUGAAGUGAGGCAGAACCACCCACCAAACGACUUGUACUGUUUAAUAACCUAGUAGUUACUGUAAUUGUAAUUUUGUAUGUCUUUGCUUUGUUUUUCUUUAUUAACUAAACGUACACAUAUAAGUAAUAAGUUGAGAUGGGUUAUGGGAAAUGGAAAUUAUCAUAGGUGGGACAUAUUAUUUGGAAUUUCUCAUUUUUUCUUAAACAUUGCUAAAAACAGCAUUUUUUAAACUCAAAUUCAUGUCUAUAACAAAGUAGUGGAAGUGGUUUUAUAUUGCACACUUUUACUUUAAAUCUUCUACUGAAGAAAUCCCCGGAAUGUAUAAGCCCUGGUUGAAUAGGUUCUUGUCAUCGUCUUACAUUGAUAAUAUAUUAUUAUGUGGGUUACUAGUGCACCCAUCAAACAUCUGUACUCUUCAGUCAAUUACUUAUUUAUUACUAAACACCGAAAAAUAUCGCAAAAGUAAUUUAAAAUGAUGACAAUAUAAUCAAUUAAAUACGAGACCGCCCACUGUAUUAUUUUGUGCGCGACAAGUAUUUAAGUAUCUAUACAGAAUAAAACAUCAUAAAAUCUAUGGUAUAUUCGAAGGAAAAUAAAUUAUUUAUAUUUGUCUAAUCAGUACAAACGAAAUGUCCCGCCGUUGAAUAUUUUUAACUGUACAUAAUGUUCAAAAGGUUGAACUGUCCAAUAAUAAUGGUAGAAUGUGAACAACAGAGGUGGCAACACUCGGCGGAUGUCACUGUCACUCCUCGGUGACGUGUUGUAGGGUAAGUUAGAAGCUAAGGUAGGGUAAGAACGUCAUGGUAUCACUUGAGCUAAUGCAGUGUUGUUUUAACGGGAAUAUGAGGUCAAAUGUCUUUUGAAAUUAUUUAUAUCGGCAUCUCAAAUAGUUGCACUGCAACCCCAACAUUAUUGGCGCACGUUUUUAGUCGCAAUUUAUGAUAUUGCAGUCUUGUGUAAACUUUAACGUGCCAUAGACUAGUUUAUUUGCUUUUGAGCAUCACAGUGACAGAGCGGAUGAAAAUGUGUUUUCUUAUUAAUUAUUAAAUGCAUAUUCGAUUAAUUGAGUAAAAUGUUGCUACACUAAAAAUGGCGCAGAAGGUAAAAAACAUUCUUACAAGUCAAAGAAUAGAUGAAAAUUAAUAUGUUUUUUGGUCAAUUAUACUUAUAUUUUUCCGUUAUGAUAAUAAUCACAGAAUGUAGUCUCUUUCUUGAAACCUUUUUGAUUGCUCACAACUCGCUCUUAGAUCAGUAUGCUCGGUCACCAUGAAUUUUCAUUGAAAAGUUCCGAAUAAUUGUACAUUAAAGAUGUAAUAACCAUAGAAACCACUAUUAUCUACAUUUCAGUGUCCUUUUUUAUGUAGCGCACGAGGGCACCUGUAUAUAAAAAAUGUGUGUGUGUACUUAUGUAUGCAUGCAAGAAGUUAUACUUCUUUGGCCUAAGAAAGCAAAAAUCAUUAAAAUUCCUCGUGCAAUUCUACGUUUCUAGAAAGAAAAAUUUUGUAAAAAUAUUGCAAAGAUGGCUUUGACAGUUAAUUAUUAAAUAAUGAAGGUUGUAGGCUUGAACCCUUUGCCUAUCCUAAUAAUGGACGAAGAAACCAAAAACAACGAAUGACGCAAACGUCAGAAAAUUUUAGGAACCAACUUCGCCCUGUUACUUUUGUAUUACAGUGAUGCGCGCGCAUCUUACAAUUUCACUCUCAUAAUUUUUUCAUAACGCGCCUAAAUAAGUAUAACUUCAAAAUAUGUCAAACAUUUAAUUGUUUUGGAUGGUAAAUAAAAUAUGGUGUGCUUUCAGGAAGACUCUGAUCUAGACUGAUAGCCCCUCUGCAGUUUCAAUUAUAUUGGUCUUCUUGCACUAUACUGUGCUUAAUAGAAGAUAUUCAUAGUCAAAAUUGACUGAUUUAUCUGUUUGGCAUAUUGUAUAUAGUAAUAUGCAUCACAAGAAAACAUCAUGUAUUUUCAUCUGUAUCUGUCAUUGCGAAUCGAAUAAAGAGAUAAACUAUUAACGUUAAUCGAGAUAAAUGCCGAUUGGAUAAUUUCGUGGCAGAUCAAAUUUCGUAGAAACUGGCCGCAUCAGACCCUCCACUCCAGAGUUCAUACCAAAAUUCGUUAUCGGUUUCUCGCUCUACCCCUUAUUCCCUUUCAUCAAAGGUUUAGCUUUAAAUAUUGUUGUUUGCCUUGUAUAAAAAUGUGAUCUUAUGACGAUAUAAUAGAAGGAUGAUGUUACAGGAGUUGCGAUCGAACGCGCUCGAGUUUAAGCGCUUACAUUAUUUUGAUUGCACGUAACACAGUUUUGUUAUUUGUAAAUAAGGUAAGCCUCGUCCUACGGCGAUAUCUAUAUUGAAUUUCUGUUGAUAUUUCUAAAGUACGAACGCAAAACGUGUGCGUGCUACAUUCACAUUACAAAGCGUCAACUAAUUAGUUAUCUUAGGUUAAGGAUUGGUCUCCGCUACGCUCCAACUAGAUACCGCACUACCUCAGAACAAUAGCUUUUUUUAUUACGGCAACUUUAUAUUGUAGUGUGUAUUGGCUAUUUGUAAAGAUGCUUGUGUUCGUGGCAUCUUGUCACCCAAUGGAAUCUUUGAUAUUUUUUUACUUAUAGACGCUUCGUGUUAUUUUACAUUGAUAUUAAUGAAAUACAAAAUACUGAUGAUAUGUGAUCCCAGUGUCUUUCUUAUAUCUUGAGGUAUUGCUUUUACAAAGUUUUACUUGUGUGUUACCAUGUGGCACAUAUAAGUAUUAGUUGCCGCACUUUGCUACUACGCCUGCGCUAUCUAGUUGGAGCGCAGCGGAGAGUAAUUAUUAAUCUAAGUAGUUAAUUAUAUUUCCAAUAAAAUAUAAAUAAAAGUUCGCGAUCGAGAUGGCGCAGGGUUGCCAAGGCUGUUUAUAUUACUUCACAUAUAUUUAUAUGGGCCGAGCUGCGAGCGUGUUGCGAUCGCGACGCAGAAUGAACGAAUAUGCCUUGUGUAAUGAUAACAAAUUGAAUGAUGUAAUAGAGUUAGUGCAGUCAACGGCGGUACAACAGCGACGUGUCAAUUGCAGGUGCUUGGCGCAGCUGUCAAUGUCAAAAUGACAAGCGCUGUCAGCCUGCGAGCUCUUUAAUUAAGUUUACUUUUCCGUUGCAGAAUAAUUAACAUAUAAAGUUUACGAGACCAUACCCAGAGUUAUCCGACACUAUUGUGUAUUGAAAUUAUUACAGAGUAGAAGUAAAUACCUUUCUACUAAAAAAAAUUUAAUAAUUAAGUAGUCUGUUUGCUUUAUUUGCCUGUUUGGUCGUUAGGCGAGAUUAUCGAAAAUUGUGUUGUUUUGACGACUACCAGAAGAUAAAAUACAGUAUAAAGCACCGACCACUUCUAUUUACCACUGGACUGGUGGCUGUCAAAGUGCUUUUGUGCCUGUUUGAUAUUCGCCAUUAUGGCGCUGUUGGCCAUGUAGCGAGAGUACUAAAACUAGUGAUCACAACCUCCGUUUAACAAACAUCGAUAGGAAAACUGUUUCCAAAAAAAAAAUGUGUACGUUAUUACGUUGAUUCCUGAAGUUGAUUCACGAAAACCUAACGAAAUUAAUUCAAAAUGCAAUAAUACUUCAGAGUACUAUAUGCUUCUCUUGCAGCCAUUUGUAUUAUUCGUCAAAAUUAGAUCUCUGGACGCUCGCGAGCGGCGCUUCAAAUAGGCACAAAAAUUUGCUGUCAAACAUAUGGAACAGCCUGUCCAGUGGUAUAAAGUUAUAAACGUUUACUGGUCACUGAUAGGCCCUGCGCCGGUAACGCCCGGGUCAUGAUUUUUUUUUAUUGAUUCGUCAGAAAUUCUUAGUUCCACAAUAAUUAUUAAAAGAAUAAAAAUGUAAAUUUUUCUUAUCUUAGUAAGUAAAAGAUCUCAUAUGUCAUAUUUUUUGUUUUGUCUUUUUUAUAUUUUGAUGAACUACAGAAUAGUCGAGUUGAUUUAAAGACAACCUAUGUAAAAUAAAAUAUAUUGAUGUAUAUA